AUGCAUUCAGAUCAGGAGCAUGUCUCGCACACGCCCACCGCCGCUGCCAUCCAGAGCGCGGAGCCUGCCCACGUCGCCGAUCCCGAGUCGAAAUCGGCCAAGUUCUUCGACAAGACUGAAAUCAUUGAAAAGGACUCAUUGGAUAAUCGCGCGCAUUCUGUCGGUAGUGGCUCUAUGAAGUCGUCGCAUGACCACACCCAUCGCAAGCUCAAGCCUCGUCAUGUGCAAUUGAUCGGUAUUGGAGGUACAAUUGGUACGGCGCUAUACGUUCAGAUUGGUUCCAAUCUGCGUACCGCUGGUCCUGCCAUUGACUGUUUUGGGUUCUCGACUUCGACUUGGGUUUUCCCGUUGUUCCUCGGACACAAGUUUCAUGUUUACAGCUUGGCCGAAAUGGUCACAUACCUACCUAUCUCCUCACCUUUCAUCCGAUUUGCCGGCCGAUAUGUCGACGAGGCAUUGGGCGUCGCAGCUGGAUACAACUUCUUCAUCUUCGAAGCUGCAUUGGUCCCGUUCGAGAUCGUCGCCGUCAGUCUGAUCAUCCGAUACUGGACAAACAUCAUCCCAGUCGCAGCAAUGAAUGUCAUCGUCUUAGUCCUCUACGGAGCUCUAAACCUCUUCGCAGUAAAAUGGUACGGCGAAGCCGAAUUCUGGCUCUCCCUCGGCAAAGUCCUCCUCAGCACAGGACUGAUCUUCUACACAUUUAUCGUCAUGCUUGGAGGCAACCCGCUGGGCGACAGGUUCGGCUUCAGAUACUGGAACGAGCCAGGCGCCUUCGCCGAGUACUACAAAACAGGCGAUACAGGCCGAUUCCUCGGCGUGCUGUCAGCCCUCAUUGCAGCCAGUUUCACCAUCGCCGGUCCAGACUAUGUAUCCAUGGCCGCGGGUGAGACAAUCAACCCCCGCAAAGUCCUGCCAAAGGCGUUCAAUGGUGUUUUCUACCGUCUUACGGCUUUCUUCGUGUUGGGUGUUCUUUGUAUUGGUAUUCUUGUGCCAUACAAUGAUAAGACUAUGGCUGAUGCAUUUGAUAAUGAUCAGCCGGGUGCUGCGGCUUCGCCGUAUGUCAUUUCGAUGGAUCGGUUGAAGAUUCCUGUUUUGCCAGAUAUUGUCAAUGCUGUUGUUCUUACGGCUUCGUUUAGUGCUGGCAAUAGUUACAUGUACUGUGCCAGCCGCAGUCUCUAUGGGUUGGCUUUGGAAGGCAAGGCCCCUAAGUUUCUGACCAAGUGUACGAGUCGGGGUGUGCCUAUCUACUGUGUUGCCAUUGUCCUCGUCAUUGCGCUGCUCAGUUUCUUGCAGGUUUCCAACAGUGCUGCUGUUGUGCUGAACUGGUUUGUUAACUUGGUAACGGCCUCCCAACUCAUCAAUUUCUCCGUCGUAACUUUCACCUACAUCCGCUUCAAGAAAGCCCUGGAAGCACAGGGCAUUUCGAGAGACUCCCUCCCCUACCGCAGCUGGUGGCAACCCUACAUCGCUUACGUUGCCUGCACUUGCACAACGAUCAUGGCCUUUGUAGGCGGGUACACCGUCUUUCUGCCAGGGAACUGGUCCAUCCCAACAUUUCUCUUCUCUUACACCAUGAUCGGCGUUUUUCCCAUUCUGUACUUCGGGUGGAAAUUCUUCCAUAAGACCAAGUUCCUCAAGCCUGAAGAAGUUGACCUGGUGAGCGGUGUUGUGGAAAUCGAGGAGUACACCAGGGAUUUCGUUAUUGAACCGCCUAAGACUAUCGUUCACAAGUGGAUGUACAAGAUCUUCGAAUGA